AUGAAAGCAGACAAGACGAUUAAAAUGAAGCGUCUUUCCGACGAAGAAGGGUGGGAGCUUUUCAGCAGAGAAGCCUUAAGGCUUCGCGACAGUACGUCGUCUCAAUGGGCAUACAUUCUGAAUCAGCUAAAGGCUAUUGAUCCCCUGUUUUAUCGAAUUCAUGAAGCGAUUCUGAUGGAGUUAUUCAAGUCGCUGAAGUACAGCUACGAUGCUCUGAAAGCAUAUGAGCUCAGGCUUUGUUUCCUGUACUUGGCCGCUUACAGAGAAGAGGAGGAAAUCGACGCGGAUCAAUUGAUACAAGUGUGGUUAGCAGAGGGACUGGUGAAAAGUAGAGAGGAGGGUCGUUACAGUUUUCUAAAGGUUUUGGAGGACCGAUGUUUGGUUGAGAUUGUGGCAAAAGAGGAUAACUGCCUUGAUAUUUGGAAACUAAAAAUCCACGAUGUGCUCAAAGAUAUGACGGUACACAUCGCAGAGGUAGACCAGAAUACUUUGUUCCAUGCAGUUAGUGGCUCUGUUGUUGAGGUGGUUCCAGAGGGGUUUUUGGAGAAGCUGAAUAUGUUGAAGGUGUUUGAUCUCAGCAACACGCCCAUCACAUUCUUGCCGAAGUCCAUUCACCAACUAAAGCAUCUCCUCUAUCUGUUGCUUUACAAUACACAGGCAAAGGUAAUCCCUGACCAAACAUUUGACCUGAGUAGAAUGCAUUUGUUAGAUCUUUCUUUCUCCCCUCUGAUCAAGAGUAUUCCAUCCAUGAUAAAGAAGCUGAAAUGCCUCCAAAUUCUUCAGCUAACCUACUGUUAUGAUUUGGAGUUCGUUUCAUGCGACAUAUCACAACUCACUAGGUUGGAAGAGCUUGACAUGUGGAACACGUUGUUUGCAUUUUCAUGGGAGCUGACAGAUGGAAGAGAAUUAAAGGAGGCUUCUUUGCAAGAUGUAUGCAAACUCCUUCGUCUCAAGCGUUUACGUCUAACCCUAAAAUCUCUAGUUGAGGAGGAAAUGGUGGGGAGUGUAGUGGAGAUUCAUGAACUUUGGCUACUUUGGAUGCCCGAAGUCCGUCAAACACAUCUACCCAGUGACAUGCGGGCCAUGCAAAAAUUGGAGAGGGUCCACCCGUAUGGCUGUGACAUUGAACCAACCACUGAUUUAUUCUCAGAAUUACGAAAUCUCAAGUACUUGAAGCUGAACUCUUCUCAAAUACUGCUCACUCUUUCCGGAUUAGGCUUAGGCAGAUUAUCCAAUUUGAAGAAAAUAGUGAUUGAGGAAUACCUUCAGCUCAAGGACUUGGGAGAAGAAUUUGGGAGAAGAGGCUGCUUUCCAAGGCUGUGCAAGCUCAAACUGUGGAUGUUACCUUCUCUAGAGAGUCUGUGUAGUUCUAUCAGAGAAGGGAGUCUCCUCAUGCUGCAGAAUUUGGUUAUAUUCCGUUGUAUGAACGUUAAAGUGCUGCCAUCAGGUCUUUAUUAUCUCAAGUCUCUAGGACAGAUCAGAGGAGAUAAAGAAUGGUGGAAUGAAAUUAACUGGGAAGAUGAAGAAAUGAAGAAGCAUCUUCAUGCUAAGUACGUGGAAAUCCCUGAUAAUAAUAAUGUUUAA